ACGUUGCGAAGAGGUGUGUCGGGCUGAGCUAGUGGUCAUCCGUGUCGACACACGCCUCCCUCUAUCUGGCGAAGGAGGAAAGGAGGAAGAGAGAGGAAGAAAUAGAGAGAGAGAGAGAUAGAUCAAGGAAGAGAGAGAAAGAAGAGAGAGGAACAAGGGCAAGACUCGGGACGGUGAGGACAUUCAGUGAGCAGGUUUACAGAGGAUGAGCUACCCAGGAUACCCGCAGGCUCCAGGGGGCUACCCGCCCGCUCCUGGGGGUUACCCACCCGCACAGGGGGGGUACCCGCAGGUCCCAGGAAUGUUCCCGCCAGCACAAGGUGGUAACCCAUGGGGUGGUCCCCUAAUCGGGUUGGAAUUAAUCAAUAACUUACCAAAUCUAAACCCCUCCUAUAUGGAAGGAAUGGCUCAAAGCAUAUCGAACACCAUUGGUGGCUUUGGUCCAGGUCAACCCAACAUGGGUUAUGGGGCCCCACCAAAUCAACAGCCAACACCCCCCUACGGAAUGUACCCGGGCCAGCCCAGUCAGCCCGGAGCACCACCCUACAAUCCUGGAUAUCCCGGUUCCGCCCCUGGAUUCCAAUCGGGCCCCACCCCUGGAUAUCCGUCUGGCCCAGCUCCGGGAUAUCCGUCUGGCCCAGCUCCGGGUUAUCCGUCGGGUCCAGCUCCGGGUUUUGGGUCGGGCCCUGCCGCGGGUUACCCCUCUGGCCCUGCUCCGGGCUACCCAUCAGGAUCCACUCCUGGUUACCAGUCCAACCCAUCCCAAGGAUAUUCUGCCACUCCCAGCUCCACUGUCACCCCAUCAGUAGCUCCAGUGAAGGUUUAUUCAGAAUUUGAGGUUGAUUCAGAAUUUGAGGUUGAUUCAGAAUUUGAGCCCGUCAAACGGGGAACCGUCCGUGAUGCCGCGGGCUUUGACGCUCUGAGGGACGCGGAGGUUCUGAGGAAAGCCAUGAAGGGCUUCGGCACGAAUGAACAAGCCAUCAUUGACGUUGUUGCCCAGCGAUCAAACAAGCAGAGGAUGCAGAUUGUCCUGUCCUUUAAAACCGCCUAUGGAAAGGAUUUGAUCAAGGAGUUGAAGUCCGAGCUGUCGGGCAAUUUCGAGAAUGCUGUGCUGGCUCUGCUGAAACCGUCCUUGCUCUUCGAUGCCACGGAGCUGAAAGAGGCCAUCAAGGGAGCUGGUACUGAUGAGCAGUGUCUGAUUGAGAUCCUGGCUUCCCGCUCAAAUGCUGAAAUCCAUGAGAUCAACAAGUUGUACAAAGCAGAAUUUAAGAAGACUCUGGAGCAGGAUAUUAAGAGUGACACGUCUGGGCACUUUGAGCGACUGCUGGUCUCCCUUGUUCAGGGUAACCGGGAUGAAAGUCAACAUGUGGAUAUAACACUGGUUAAAAAGGACACGCAGGACCUGUACAACGCAGGAGAAGGGCGCAUGGGGACCGAUGAGUCGAAGUUUAAUGCUAUCCUGUGCUCAAGGAAUAGACCCCAUCUGAAAGCAGUUUUUGAGGAAUAUCGGCAGGUGUGUAAGUACGAUAUCGAGAAGACCAUUUCCCGUGAGAUGUCUGGUAACCUCGAGAGAGGCAUGAUAGCAGUAGUGAAGUGCCUGAGAAGUAUCCCGAUAUUUUUCGCUGAGAGGCUGUACAAGUCCAUGAAGGGUCUGGGCACAGAUGACAAGACCUUGAUUCGUAUCAUGGUGUCUCGCUGUGAGGUCGACAUGCUGGACAUAAGGGCUGAAUUCAAGAAGAUGUAUGGGCAGUCGCUGUACUCAUUUAUAUCGGACGACUGCUCUGGGGAUUACAAGAAGUUGUUGCUGCAACUCUGCGGCUCGAAUGACUGAGAGCGAUGGGGUGUCAGGAUUCAGACGGUGGCCUCUCAGAAGCACUUCCACCCGUCCAAACACACAAGCAUCCCCAUCUUUCUCUCGUUGUUUUAUUUCCUUUUGUAUCGGCUUGUAAAUGUAAUCCUGUUUCGUCGGCAUAUUCAACGGCGUAUUUCAUCAGCUGAGGUUUGAGAUGAUGGCGCAGGGCGGAGACCUGACCCACAGUUCUAGUGUGGGACCAACACCUGCCUUCCCAAAGCCCUGCCCCUCCAGUUGGAGGUCCUCCCUUUGACUUGACAUUGGAAGGAGAGCUGAUUCUCUCCCACCUGGUCUGUGACAAGUUUCCACCCUGCCCCAGCUCCGCUUUCACUGUCCAGAGCCCGCUGUGACUAUCACAACAAUCAUCUCCUUCAACGCCUUCCCCUUACCCAUGCACAAAGUUCUCAACUUCAACCUGGUCAUCUUCACAAUCAACACUAUGCCCGGUAGAAACAAAAGUCAACUAAUUGCUUCAAGGGCAUUCAACAGUUUGCGUUCCUUAUAUGUUUUAAAUAUAUUUUUGUAAAAUUCUAUGCGGUGCCAAUCUAACUGGGCAAUUACCCCCUUGCCACCUUGUCCAACUGUGCCUAUGUGACAAGAUAGGAAGUGUCAAAUGCAAACUCCUCAUUUUGAGUUGUAAGCGAUUAUCUUGCGUUGGUGGGGCUUCUUCUUAUCUAGAGCCAGCGAUUAAUUCUCUCAGAUAAUUCUCUCUGGAAGCUGGGAUUUGUAACCGGUGCACACAUCCAGAGUAUAGUUACCACAGUUACCAUGGCAAGAAUCAGCUUCAAAGGCCUAGUGUCAUGGUUUGACCUGCUGGCCAAAGCUUCUGCCCAUGCCCCUGCCUGCUUCUGCAGCUCCUCAGGAAGACCAGGGAGGGUGGUGCCUCUUGAGUUAUCUGUAAGUCAGCCUGGUUUGGCGAGUUGGCGGAUAGCGAAGGCAAAUGUGUGGAAGGAAGCAAGAGCUGAUGGAAGAAGGGGCAAAUUGCGAUGUGCUCAAAAAUAUAAAUGAAUGAAAAAUAAAUACUAUGCAACCAAUUUA